CGCUCUGUGUUAGCCCCUCCGCUUCCGGUUUUUAGUUAACUAAAUUAUUUACCGCGGAACACUAUGAGGAGAACCAGAGGUUCAAGGAAACAAACUCAGAGCGUUGACGAAAGCGAUGAGGUCCAGGAAAAGAAAGUUUGGCAGUGGAGAGGAGAUGACGGGCAGUGGGAGGUGUACCCAGAUGCAGCCUGCUCCGUGCUGGAAUCUGCUGUCUCGUCUGGGAAGAAAACGAUUACUCUGACUCUUGGUGCAGGCAGGAAGUACAAAGUCGAUCUGGAGAAAAUGAUCCAGAUUAAUCCUGCAACCAAAUACAAGAGAGAGAUUCGCUGUCAGGCGGUAAAAGAAGAAAAUUUAAAUGAAGACAACAAAGAAGCCUCUCAAAAUGGAGCUCCAGCUCAAAUUAAAGAGGAAGAGGAGGAGGCAGCGGAGGAGCCGGUGGUUAAGAAGAGAAAAGGGCAAAGCAAGGCUGCAAAAAAACCCAAAGAGGAAAUAAAAACGGAAGAAGUGGUGAAGACGGUGGUGAUGAAGGGAAAAGCUCCAGUGGAUCCUGAAUGCAAAGCUAAACUUGGACAGGCUCACGUUUACUGUGAAGGAGAUGAUGUGUAUGAUGUGAUGCUGAACCAGACUAAUCUCCAGUUUAACAAUAAUAAAUAUUACCUGAUCCAGCUGCUGGAGGACGACGGCUCUAAAGUUUACAGCGUCUGGAUGAGGUGGGGAAGAGUGGGUAAAGUGGGUCAGAACAGCCUGGUUUCCUGUGGCUCAGAUCUAAAAAAGGCCAAAGAUGUUUUCAAAGAGAAAAAAUGCAUUUUCUCCAAGCUUUGCAAAAUGAUAUUUUGAGUGAAUUUUUCAACUAAACCACCUGAGGAGAACAGAACAGCAGUCGACUCUGUCCCCAAAAAGCAGCCCUCCAAGCUGGAUCCUAAGGUUUACUCUCUCCUCGAACUCAUCUGUGACAUAAAAGCCAUGGAGGAGUGUGUGCUGGAGAUGAAGUUCGACACUAAAAAAGCUCCUCUGGGAAAACUGACCCAGGAGCAGAUCCGUGCCGGGUAUGAAGCGCUGAAGGCUAUCGAGUCGUGUUUGAAGAAAAAGGGCAGCGCCCGGAAUCUGCUGGAAGCCUGCAACGCGUUUUACACCCGCAUCCCUCAUGACUUUGGGUUAAAACCUCCCCCGAUGAUUAAAACGGAGCAAGAACUGAAGGAAAAAAUAGCUCUGUUGGAGGCACUGGGUGAUAUCCAGAUUGCAGUGAAAAUGGCCCAGUCCAAUGCAGACAGUGAUGAGCAUCCACUGGACCGUCAGUACCGCUCCCUGCAGUGCCAGCUGCAACCUUUGGACCACAGCAGCAAUGAGUUCAAGCUGAUAGAGAAGUACCUGCAGUCCACUCACGCCCCCACUCACUGCGACUACACCAUGACGCUCCUCGACAUCUUCUCUGUGGACAGAGGCGGGGAGAGCGACAGCUUCCUCUCACACUUGCAUAAUAAGACUCUCCUGUGGCACGGCUCCCGUCUGACUAACUGGGUCGGCAUCCUCAGUAAGGGGCUCCGAGUGGCGCCGCCGGAGGCUCCCACCACCGGUUACAUGUUUGGUAAAGGGAUCUACUUUGCAGACAUGUCUUCAAAAAGUGCCAACUACUGUCAUGCCAGCCAGAGCAACCAUGUGGGGUUUCUGCUGCUGUGUGAGGUGGCUCUGGGUGACUGUAACGAGCUGCUGGACGCCGACUAUGAAGGCCAUAACCUCCCUCCUGGAAAACACAGCACCAAAGGCCUGGGUCAGACCGGCCCUGACCCCAGAAACGCCGUAACGCUGAAUGGGAUGACGGUUCCGAUGGGUCCCGGCGUUAAAACAAAGGUUAGCAACCCCGGCGGUUAUUCGCUGCUCUACAACGAGUUCAUCGUUUACAACCCAGCUCAGACCCGGAUGAGGUACCUGCUGCGGAUCCAGUUCAACUACGCCUCGCUGUGGUGAAGAGCCGUCUGACCACGUUCCGUCUAGAAGCUCCAUCCUCCUUUUGUUUACGGGGAAAUCUUCUUUUUGGGUUUUUUUUUCUCCCACUGUUGGUUCUGGGGAUCUACUGACACUUGAACAGGCUCCUGUUGCUAGGCAGAUUACAGAUAGGUUUACUUUCUACUUGGGACUUGAAGUAAUUCAGUAAGGAAUAAUUGAUCAACAGGUGGCGCAAUAGUGCAGCAGCAUUUAAAAUAAAAACAUUUUUACUGAAGUUUGGAUUCAUUUAUAGUUUAUUAAUAAAAUGUUCUGUUGAAUAACUUUCUAAUAUCUACCUAAUAAAAAUCAACAUUUACCACUGAAUGGAAUUAAAGCCUUAUGAGAGUUAACUGAAUAUCUGUUGGAUUUUAACCCAUUGAGGUUUCCCUAAAGAUUUAACAGUUAUUAAUAAUAGCCUUAAAGGUCUGAGGUUAAAAUGGCUCAGUUAAAAAGGGAACAUUAAAGCUGGAACCGUUUCUGCUGUGCGGUUUUAUUGGUUGCUCCUCUCACAUCCCUGUGCUGCUGCAGCUCACCGAGUAUUUUAGCCUUUUUGUUCAGUAGAGCUACACUGAGGGUUUCUAAAACUGCAUGGAUGGUGCCUGACAUGAAGGGGGAAACAAAUUGCACUACACCUCAUUUAU